AUGUCCUUUGCCGGAAUCUCUUCUUUGCCUAACCAAGGCUUUGGCAACUUCGCGACUCCAUCCUUCACCUCUCCCUUCAACAGCAAGCCAAACAUGGUUAACAACGAUGUGGACAUGAGCAGCCAGCAGUCGGAGCGCUUCCAGGAACAUAAUGACACAGGAGUGGAAUACCAAAAGUUUGCGCGACUUCUGGAGACGUUACAACGCCAAAGCAACGAACAGCGCGGUGAUGCACAGCUCGACAUUGGGCGCAUUCUUCCAGAGUUUGAUACAUUGUGCUCCACGAGGGCUCAGCAGUUUGAACGCCGCAAGAACGCUGGAGCAGGAUUUCAGGUGUCGAGUACAGAGGAGGAAUACAAGCUGUGGGAGUCAGAGAGCAACACAUGGCUGCUGCUGGAGACCCUCUUUAGCGCAUUCGAGCGACAGAAGCCAUUUGUGGACAAGGGACCAGAGGCUCUGGAAUGGUCCGAUCUUGACCUUAUCGAACAUUUGCACAGCACAGACAGUACCUUCAAGCAUCAUUCUGCAGUGAAAUCUUGGCUCGAGGUUAUUGCCCCACCCACCAACCCUCACGUUGGCGUAAAGCGGAUUUCUUCUUCCGCCAAACCAGCCGGCUCCUUCUUUUCUCAACCCGCCACCACAACCACUCAAACCAACUACCAGGAUCCUGAUGCCACUACACGAGACGGAGUUAAGCUCGAUGAUCACAAUCAGCGUGUCGAACACGAUUUGCUUCAGGCCGUCUGGGAAUAUAUCCGCCGGGGACAAGUUCAGAAAGCAAAGGAGGCAUGCGAGAAGGCAGGCGAACCAUGGCGGGCGGAGAGUAUUUCUGGUGGAGACCUUUACUCAGUUUCCACAGCUUUUACUGACCCACAAUACGAUCGGGAAGAAGGACCUAUCGGCAACAAGACACGAGGACUCUGGAAGGGAACGUGCUAUGCUCUCGCCAAGGAGUCGACAGCAGAUCAAUACGAAAGGGCGAUUUACGGAGCUCUUUGCGGUGACGUCCCUUCGGUUCUUCCUGUCUGCUCAAGCUGGGAAGAUCAUGCAUGGGUUCGUUACAACGCUCUGGUGGAGAGCAUGAUCGAAGGUCGCCUGUCACAGUUCAACCGUGGCGGACCUUCAAAGGCCCUCCCAAUCCCGACGACGACGAUUAGCAGUGCCAAGGACAUCUUUGACAGCAUUGACAACAGCGAUGAUCAGAAGCUGAGGAACGACUCGAAGGACAUGUUCAAAGCUAUUCAGACAAGCAUUAUUCUCGGACAGACGGAUCAAAUGCUCACAAGCAUGGCCAAGGAAGCACGGUCGGCGCGCAAGGCAGGUGCGCCCCUUCGCCCUCAUAUGCUCCGCUUCAUGGCUCAUUUUGUCCUUCUUUUGCGCUCUAAGAAGUCCAACGUCCCCAAGACUGAUGGCGACUUUUUCAUCAAGAGCUACGUCGAUCUUUUGAUCUCCAAGCAAUUGUAUGAUAUUGCACCUCUCUACGCCUCCUUCUUGCCUCACAAGCUCCAGAUCGAGACAUGCUCCUCCUACCUCAAGACGAUCGAUGGCUCAAAGAAGGAACGUUUGGGAUACCUUGCAAACAUUCGCAAGUAUGGAUUGGAUCUGCACUCAAUCUUAACCGCUACUGUGGACAGUCUUUUGGAGAAAAGCAGCUCAGCUUCUGAGGAAGUUAUCAAGACGGGAGUCAUGCAGAGCAUCUCGGCGCCUACAACAGCACGGGAGGCUGCUCAAAUCAAAUCAUUGGAGUGGUUGACCUUCGAGACUCCCCAAUACUUGGAGUGCCUCUUCAGGAGUAAUCAUUUAAUCCGCCAAUAUCUUGCUGAUGGUCGUUUGAAUGCCGCCAAUGCUCUGUACACAUCUCUUCCUUUGGAUAUUGCCGAGUCUGGCCCCAUGGGUGCUAUGCCAACAUCUCUUAGGCGUGAACAUACAUAUUAUGGCGACCUCCUUGCAGCACGGAGAGUGUUGGAAAAGUGGAGAAGCGAAUUAGAAACCAGGCCAAGCAAAAAAGAUACACGCAUGGCAGCGUGGAAAUGGGAUGUUGAGAUGAAGGAGCUUGUAACAGAUACAUCCACUGUACUCGAAAGCCUGUUGAGGUCCAAAUGGCUCUUUGACUGCAUUCUGCCCGGAGACAAUGUCAGGGCACAUGAGCUGCGGAAACUUCGCCAGAUCUAUCUCUCAGAGAUCGCAUUGAACUUGCACGAGGUGUACUUCCAGAGCCGAGAUGUGAUUCAUUCCAACUUGGAAAAGUCGGUCGAGAUGGCUAACCUCAUCGCAGCUGAGCGUGGCGAGGAGACUCCGUUGCACAAGGAGUUGCAGGACAACGGUCGACUUCAGGAGCUGUUGGCGCAGAUUCGCCUCUCUUCUCUUGAACUGAUCAACUUGGGCCGAUCUCCUUUUGCGUACUAA